CAACCAACAGCACAAAGAUUUGAUCUUUUUAUUAGCAGUACAAUAGCACUACUCUCUCUCUCUCUCUCUUUCCCACUUUGGGAGUGAAGAAAGGAAAAAGAAAAAGAAGAAACACCCAGCCAGCCCCUGUUGGAACUUGCAUAGUGCACUCCAAACCACCAGACCUCACAAGACAUUGAAGAGGGAGAAAGUACACUAUAAACAUCACUAUAAACCCACCAGAAAAAAACAACAAUUUCCAGAGAGAGAGAGAGAGAGAGGGAAAGGAGAGAAAAUAUGUUUGCAGCAGAGAAUGGGCUGAGAGGAGACCCAAGGCUUCAGGGCAUUUCUGAGGCCAUUAGGGUAGUUCCUCACUUCCCCAAACCAGGGAUAAUGUUCCAAGAUAUCACUACUUUGUUGUUAAAUCAUAAGGUCUUUAAGGACACUGUGGAUAUUUUUGUUGACAGAUACAAAGACAUGGACAUCUCUGUUGUUGCUGGAAUCGAAGCCAGAGGGUUCAUGUUUGGUCCAUCGAUCGCCCUAGCUAUUGGUGCUAAGUUCGUUCCAUUACGUAAGCCGGGAAAAUUGCCAGGUGAACUAAUAUCAGAAUCCUAUGAACUGGAGUAUGGCCAAGAUUGCCUAGAGAUGCACGUUGGUGCAGUGCAGAAGGGGGACCGUGCUGUUGUUAUUGAUGAUUUGGUAGCUACAGGUGGGACUCUUUCAGCUGCAAUAAAACUACUAGAACGAAUGGGAGCCGAAGUGGUUGAAUGCGGUUGCGUUAUUGGCUUGCCAGACGUUAAGGGACAAAGCAGGCUAAAAGGAAAGCCACUCUACAUUCUCGUGGAGCCACGGGAAUUAGGCGAUUGUUUUUGAGAAAUAAAAUCCACAUGAUGGUAUCUGUCAAGAAGAGAUUACGUCGGGCCAAAAGCUUCCAUUUCCAUGUCUUCGUGAAGGGAUAGAGGCUGUAGCUAGCUCGCUGAGUUCUCCUGUGUACUCUUUAGUGACGAUCUUGUUCAACAAGUAGCCUCGUUUUUUUUUUUUUUUCAUCGCGUUUAGGUUUUCAUUGAAGAUGCAGUGGGAUAUGUUGAAGCAUGUAUCAUAAAUGAUCUCCUGAGUCCCAGCUGAUGUUAUUCCUUAGAUUAAGUUUAUUUUUCAGUUAUUUCUUUCGUUUGUUGCAUAAACAGAUUUGGUAGAAGGUUUUAAUGUUGUUGCCCUCUGCUCA